AUGGCUCUGUACGUGGGGGAAGAGCGAAGAAGAAAGUAUAAAGUUUCUUUGAAGUGUCUCUCUUGUCAAGCUUUCCAAGAAGAGAUCAUCAAGUCGCAGCCGGAUGCGUUCGAUGCCAAGAUUGAAGGGCCUUUUCUGCUUUUAUCAUAUUCAACCACCCCACUACAUGCCAAAACAAUCGCAAGCUUGGAAAGAGCCGCAGUUUCUGCCCUGCUAACGAUCCUGAUCAGGCCUGUUGCUGCUGGCCUGGCUGAUCUGCUUGUGUGGGUCAUGAAUGUGGUUCCUGUGCAUACUCAGACGUAUCAUGCUGAGCCAAUACGGCAGCCUGAUCAUGAAUCUGAGUUGACGUGUUCUUUUUGGACUGAAAGCAAGAUUCAUUAA